GCCGCCGGAGUCAGGGUGGCACGGGCAGGGCGGGGGCAGCAGCCAACUGCCGCUCAGCUCGCCCCCCCGCAAAGCCAGUCAAGGAACCGGCCGCCAGCAUCCAGCGGAAUUGUGUCCGCGGAUUUAAAAACACACACACACCCCCCGCCAACCCGACUCCCCUUUAAGGAUUCAGACGGUACCACCAAUCCACUUUGUCGGGGGGACGCCGCCGCUGGCGUCAUUCAGCAGACAUGCGCAGGAAGCAGCCAGCGGGGAACUCCCCCCAUCUCCAGAGUAGAUCCGCCCAGGAGUCGCCGCAGGAAGUACGUAGCCCGCUGCAAUGCAUUGCGAACAGGAGGCGCAGCACGUGGAGGCAUGGAGGUGGCCGGCAGCAGGGAGACCCCACGCGGGGGGCCUGCACACUUCGAGUGUCCUGAGGAUUUUUCCGAAAGCCCCUUUCCUCCUGGGCUGCCCUUCUCCCGAGAGGCACUGCAGGCCCCUUCUAAGCAGCUGUUCCUGAUCCGAGCCCCGGCGGACUUCAGGCCAGAGAGCCUUGACGGCUAUGUCGUGCCCCUGCUGGGCUCCCAGACCCUGAAGGUGCCCCAUCCAAACGGGCCCCAGAAGAUCUACAAUCUUCAGACAAGUCCGGGGGAUCUGGGCAGUGCCCGCCUGCUGGUACCAUCAGCCCACCAGAACCCCCUCACUUGCGCGCCCCCUUUCAGCAGCUCACUGAGCAUCUGCGAGAGAUAUGGAGACCCCGAUGGCAGCCAGCCCCUCUUCCCACUGGCGGCCAGGCGGGCACCUCUGAUCCCAGAAGGCCUCAAGCAGCGCUUCCUGCCUUUUGGCAGCCACCUCAAGAGCCCUCCUCCCCGAGAGUCUGCAGAGCAGCCCCCCAGGAAGAAAAAGAAGCAGCGCCAACUUCAGGUGGUGGGGUACAUGGGAGACCCCGAGGAGCCUCCGAAGUGUGAGCCCUGGGUGGGGGCCGCUCCAGAGAUGCCUGCUGAGGAAUCCACAGUGGCCAGGGAGGCGGGAAGCUUCAGGGAGGGAGGGAAGAGCCGCAAGCACAGGAAACACCGAAGGCAGGCGGCGGCGGAGGAGGAGACGGGCAGGGAGCUGGGUGUGAGCGGUGCUGUUGCACAGCCGCCUGAGCCACCCAGCAGCUUGGAGGGCCCCUCUGGGGGAAGUCUCUUGGGAGGAGAAGUGGAGGACUUGGGUGGUAGGCGCAAGAAGAAGAAGAAGCAGAAGGCAGCGGCAGCGGCAGCUGUGGAGGAGGAAGCGCUCCUGCUGGAUCCCAGCUCCCUAGCCCAGCAGUCUGAACUGGAGUCCCGGCUGCAGGGAGGCCCGGAGGCUUGCAUUGGAGAGAACGGCAUUUCCCCAGCGGAGGAGUUGGGCCGACGCAAGCAUAAGAAGAAAAGGAAGCGGGCGGAGGCCGAGGGGGUCCCAUUGAUGGGCCUCUCCUCCAUCACGGAAGAGGCCCUGGGGGGCCCAGGGGGCAUCAGUGGCGCGGGGACCACUCUGGAGGGCAGCCUGGUGCGAGCCAAAGAGGAGCCGGGAGGGAGCACCUCCAGCAGCACCGCCAUGGAGCAGGAGGAGGUAGUCCUGCAGCAAGCGGGGUCCGUGUGGUUUGAGCCCAACUCUGUCAAGCAGGAGGAGGACGGCGGUGACUGGAAUGAGCUGCGGGAGGUGCCAAGCCAGAAGCACAAGAAGAAGAAGCACAAGCACAAGCACAAGCGGGAGGCUGCCGAGGAGGGCUGCUGAAAAGCUCCCAGCAGGGGCAGCUUAGUGAGCAGAGGUCUCUGCCUUCUCCAAAAAGUGGCCUCAGCCCCAGCCGAGCCCGGGUGAAUGCUCCUCAGUCACCUGCUCUGCUCUGGCUGCUGCAGGGACGGCUGCUGGGCCUGGCAAAGCCUCCUGCGGGGGGGUGUCCAGGUGGGGUCCUUGGCUGCUGAGCAGAGACCGCGGCUGCGUCUUGGGCAUCGGACCUCCCUGAGCUGCCUUUAUGGCCACAAAAGGCCAGUGCAAAGGUUCCCCCCUCUAGACACGCUCUCGGGUGCUGGUGCUGCUACUUUGGGGCCGGACCCCACUCCCAGGAGGCCAUCCCCUGGGCGCUGAGAGAUGUGCGGCUGUGUCAAGGCCAGCUCCUACGGAUGGGACUCUUGGCUGGACAUUCUGGAAGGCAACCAUGCUGCCCAGAUGUACUGGAGGAGACAGGCUACUAAUGGCACCGAACUGUGGGUGCGAGGGGCCCGAAAUCGGGCUUUGGGGUGGAGGGAGGGUCAGCACUCAUCUCCUCAUUCAGCUUUCAUCUGUAUCUCUGUGUUGAAUGAGGAACUGCAAAUACAAGACCAGGAGCCAA